AUGGCCGCUCACGAACGGUCUAGUACUGGAUCAUCCAUUGCUUCUAAUUCGUUGUUGGAACGACUUGCUACAGUGCUACCAAAAGAUGUCAGCUUUCUAAUACAUCACCUCUCUUCCCCGCCAACUCGUACAUCGGCCAUCUAUUCAGCACCCCCUGGCACUCGUCCUGAUCGAACGUAUUGCGAGAGCCACUUUUUGACGGCGUCAAUAAAGUGUUCGGCACCAGAAGGUGCUGAAGACGUUUUGAUAUUUGCAAUUGAAAUCUUAAUCUAUUCUACAGCUUACGAUACGACAUUCUUCGUAUCGAAGGCAGACUCGACGGGAUACCUCCAUCUCUUGGGCCUUCCGAAAGGCACCUCUUCACCACUCAAAGACAUCAGUGCAACUUUUCUGGACUACCUGGUCCAGCAUCAUUCGCGCUCAAACAUCAAGAGCGUCAUCUCCCUCUUUGCUAGGGCGCAAGACCAAUAUCUCUUUCCUGGUAGUAUUGAAUAUCAAGGGAAACAUGUUUUGGAUGAUCGAGGCCUUGUCCGCUGGUGGUGUCGGGUUUUGGAUCCAAUAAUCAAUCCGACUGGGACAGACUCAAUCUCGAGUGGUGCGAAAUGGGACAAGGCGGAGGGAUAUUUAAUCGUCCCUGGACUUGACGUCCACGAGACAAGUGCAUAUAUUCCUAGACGCUCGCCAACACAAAGAAAACCAUGGAAGGUGGGCCACCCAUUACGGCAGAUAACACAUCAUUCGGACGAUGUACCACCACGAUGCCUUGUCCCACAUUUUCCGGACGACCCCAAGGCGCGUUACCUAGACGAAUUGGACGAAGAGAUCACGAAUGGCGCAGAUAAUCAAAACGGUCAAUGGAGAAGUGUAAGGACGAUAGAUCAGUUCUGGGAGAUGAUGGCAUAUCGGCAGGAGUGUUCAGCGGGUCGAAUGGUGGGUUUUAUAUGGGUUGUUUUUACACCAAAAUAUGAGCCGAAAACACUUGAGAAAAGUGACGUUAUGGAGGACAGCCAGAGUACCGCAGCAGGUUCUGAGCGAGAUGCCGACUAUUCGAUGCCAUUGAUCGACCCAGACUCAUCAUUCGGGCCCCUCAUAUCCCCCCUCACAUCAUUUACAGCUUCAUCGCAAAUCCAGCCGCCAAGCCCGUCAGCUAGAGACAAAGUAGAGCCGCAACAGUCAGCCACCUCAACUGCGAGGACCAGACUGGAUGGAACGCCCAAGAAGAAAAAAAAGCUUACGGGUGUUAUUAUGCCUCGGCAGCCCAAGAUCAAAACCCAUACAAAGAAUCAGUCAUUCAAUAUUCCAGUCACCACAGCCUAUUACCACUGGCCCUCUGCAGGCCGCGGUCAAGUUGUCGUAGACGAAACGGACUACAAGCGCAAUACAGAAUUGCUACUUCGCCUGGACUUUGCAAAUCUAGACUUGGCAACUUCAAGUUCAAAAAGAUGGACUAGUGAAGUACGAUCUGGGGUCUCGGGCAACAUGCGAAAAGUUUGGGGGCAAACAGUUGUGGGUGAAAGAACGGUCGAGCAGAGCGCGACUAGUGUCGCUUCUGCAACCCCUAUAAAUACGAUUGUGAUUAAAAAGAAGAGAAAAGUAGGAGCUGAAGACGUGCAAGCGCCUACCCCUACGCCGGUUACUCAGCUGGUACCUUCAGUCAAUGUGCUUGGGUCAAGUAUGAUUAGGAAAAAGCCAAAAGUUUGA